ACACUGAACAUGUUAGAGCAAGAAAAUAAUGGUAUUCCUCCCAAGAAGCGCAAGGAAAAGUUCAGCAAUAAUGAGGUCCAUGUUCUCGUGGAUGAAAUCAUGCAGAAUGCUGAGAAAUUAUUUGGAAAAAGAAGACAAAAUAAUCACGAAAAAACAACUAUCUGGGAAGACAUAGUACGUAAAGUCAACAAAGAAAGUGGCACGAAUAGAGCUCUCACUGACUGUAAAAAGAGAUGGAGCGAUUACAAGAGGAAAAUUAUUCGUACGCUUAAUGAAAUGAAACCCAUCACGGACAAUAAAAUACUGGAACAAAAAUUCAACAGCAGACAAUUACAAGUUCUCAAGUUCUUCAAUCUUAAUACAGAGAGUAAUAUUGAACCACAGGACUGUGAUGAUGGAUCUUUGGAUGGAGUUUGUGGACAAGAUUCUUCGACUGAGGAUUCUGAAAAUGAUGCCGAACUUAAACAAAGAUGGUACAUGCAUUCUCCCAUUGCAACCAGCCCGAAAGAGCAAUUGAUUUAUGACGAAUCUUACGAUGAAUGCAGGUCAAUACAGGGAAGCCACAAACGCCUCAAAACGAAAGAUCGUGAAACAUCCGCAGAAAGUGGUUCUACUGUGCAUGCUAUGCAAUUCAAAAACCUGAAUGCUAAGUUAGAUCUACUAAUUUCCAAAGAAAGUGAUAACAAUAAGAUCUUGGAAAGUGUACAGAGCGCUAUAUCUGAAACUCUUGGCCUCCAGAAGAAAAUGAAUCGUCUUCUGAAAAAUAACUUAACUGAGAUGCGAGAUUCUAGAAUAUUUACUGAAAAGAUGUCAAAAAACAAUGAACGUGUUUUGGAGAACUCCUUCAGCAUGGUCAAUGACAAGUUAGAUCAUGUGCAACGUACUCUUGAUACAAAAUAUGCCAUAAUGAUGUCCAGUGAUGAUUCUGAUGAAGAAGCUAGUAUGGAUCAAAGAGCAGCAUCUAGACCUUCAUCUAAAGGAGCUGACAAGAAAAGGAAAGCAAACGAUAGUCCCUCCCAAUAAAAGAAAUAACAGUUCUAAGGGCUCUUCUAAACUUGAUGUCAUCAGCAUUAACUUUUACUUACAUAGUGAUUGCUCCAAACUUAGCAUUUUUUUUUCCUAGAACUGAACAAUUUCUGCCAUAUGAAAUACUACAGUUGGGCGAACUAGCGUUGGAUUUGAGUCCAAAACCCAGCUCAUCAAAACGGGAGGAAUCAUUAUGCCAGUAGAAAUGCCCCCUUCCUUUCAUUUGGUCUUGAUUGGCCCAGCUUGGCUUAUGUCCCGUCAUGGCUGGCUCACCCACCUCUUCUAAAUACCGUUAGAAAAAGUGCAGUAAAGAUGAUUACUUAAUCAAUACUUUAACAAAUACAGAGUUUUUGUAUGUGUGUUAAAAUAUA